UGGUUCCGUUGGUUUUGAGGACUGGAUGUAACGCGGUAGAAAACGCGAGUGAUUUGUUGUCAAUAGGAAUUAACUGUAUGGAUAUUACGGGGAAAGUAAAUAUCCUUUGAAGAAUGGAAUCACCGCCUGAUCUGGAAACAGUUUACCAGGCUGUAUAUUCUUUAUAUAAUAAUUCAAAUCCUUCUGGGCCAGGAAAAACAUCCCAAUGGUUGGAUGGAUUACAAAAAUCGGUAUUCGCAUGGAAAAUCGCUGAUGAAAUGCUGCAGCAAAAGCGAGAUGUCGAAUCUUGCUAUUUUGCUGCGCAAACUAUGCGUACAAAAAUCCAACUAUGCUUCCAAGAAUUACCUGCAGAAGCUCACGUUUCCUUGAGAGAUUCCUUAAUGAAUCACAUAUCACAGAUCAGUGAACACACUAACUCAGCUAUCGUUACCCAGUUGUGUCUAGCGCUAGCUGAUUUAGCACUGCAAAUGUCGUCUUGGCAAAAGCCAGUAGUGGAUUUAAUUAAUAGAUUUGGAGGAUUGACCACCAGCUUAUGGCCGUUGCUCGAAGUAAUGACCGUGUUGCCAGAAGAAGUGAAUUCAAGAUCUCUUAGACUAGGGGAUAAUCGCAGGCAACACAUAUUGCUCGAACUUAAAGCGAGUGGAGAUACAGUGACAGAGUUCUUGAAAAUGUGUUUAAAGAACGGUGGUGAUAACGUACAAAUUCGUGUUACGAUCCUUAGAUGUUUUACAAGUUGGAUUGCAGUGGCUGCCAUACCACUCGUUCCCACAAGUGACGUUAUUGUAUAUACUCUUCAGAUACUUGGAAAUCAUAUGACUGGAUCUCAAUUACACGAAGCAGCAGCAGAUUGUAUAUGUGUAAUUUUACAAGUACUGGAGGAAGAUAGCAAUAAAAAUCGGGAUACUAAUAGUGAAUUUCAUAUACAGCUGCAACAGUUGCAGCUAUUUCUUUUUACUAGCGUAAUAAGCUUAGAACAACCGUAUCAUUUAUCAGUUGCACACGAAGAUAUGGACAAAUCGAUAAAUUACUGUCGGAUUUUUACGGAGCUAGCCGAGACAUUCUUAGAAACUAUGGUGAACGGAUGUGCCGGAGGAAAGCAGCAUUACGCGAUUAAGAUCCUCGACCUUGUCUUAGUAUGCGUCGGCCACCACGAUUACGAAGUAGCACUAAUAACAUUUAAUCUGUGGUAUCGUCUGUCAGAAAUUCUCUACCAUCAGAACAGCGAUGAUUUGAACGCAGUGUUCCGACCUCACAUCGAAAGAUUGAUCGGAGCGUUGUGCACGCAUUGUCAAAUGGAGCCGGAUCAUCUGGGCUUGGUAGAGGAAGGAUCCGGAGGAGAGGAAUUCGCAGAUUUCAGAAGUCGCGUCUCAGAUCUGAUCAAGGACGUAGUGUUCGUAGUCGGAAGUAGUCACUGUUUCCGACAAAUGUUUGCAUCUUUGACGGGCGGUCCAGGGCCACAGGGUCAACCUAAUCAUGUGCCCACAUGGGAUUCCACGGAAGCUGCUCUAUUCGUGAUGCAGGCAGUAGCGAAAAAUAUUUUACCAAAAGAAAACGACGUAGUUCCAAAAGUAGUGGAGGCUAUUUUGAAUCUACCGGAAAAUACUCAUAUAGCUGUUCGUCAUACGAGCAUUCUUUUGUUAGGAGAACUCUGCGAAUGGAUAGACAAUCAUCCUCAGUCCUUAGAACCUAUUUUAAACUUCCUUUUGACAUGUUUGAGUCAAAAGGGACUGGGAAGUGCGGCUUGCGGUGCAUUAUUGAGUAUAUGUACUGCCUGCCCAUCGCACAUGGCUUCUCACUUUCCAGGACUGUUACAAAUAGCACGUUCUCUCGAUAGCUUCGCUAUCAGUAACGAUGCCGCUAUCGGUUUACUCAAAGGUGUUGCAAUAAUUAUGUCGAGUCUGCCGCGGGAAGAACUUACGCAGGCUAUGAAGGAACUGUGCUGGUUCCAAGCGAGACCGUUGUGCGAAAUAAUGGAACACAGGAUUCCCGUCGAAGGAGGAACGAAAACUGACCCUGUGAUAUGGCUAGAUAGAUUAGCCGCUAUAUUUAGGCAUACAAAUCCUCCGAUGGAAGAUCGCUUUGAACCUCAUCCUUGUCAAAGUGCUAUUACCGAAAUGUGGCCGAUAUUAUCAAACGUGUGCACAACGUAUCAACACGACGCAAAGCUGAUGGAAAGAUGCUGCCGCUGUUUAAGAUUUGCUGUUCGUUGCGCUGGAAAACAUUCCGCCCAUCUUCUCGAGCCACUCGUGAAACAGAUCGUGCAAUUAUAUGCUGCUCAUCAACAUAGCUGUUUUUUAUAUCUCGGUUCGAUAUUGGUUGACGAGUACGCCAUAGACUCGGAGUGCGUUCCUGGUUUACUGAAAAUGCUCGAGGCAUUUAUCGGACCUACUUUUAAUAUCCUCCAACAACCGGACGGACUGAAGAAUCAUCCCGACACAGUGGACGAUCUUUUCAGAUUAUGUGCUAGGUUCCUCCAAAGAGCACCGAUCGCGUUUCUCUGCUCCGUCGUAAUAGAAAGUAUAAUCGACUGUGCCCUGACGGCUUGCAGUUUAGAUCAUAGAGACGCGAACGUUUCCGUAAUGAAAUUCUUUUACGACCUCCUGCAUUGCGGUCGUAACUACGAGAAUCGGACGGACUACACAAUACGACGGGAAUUGGUGCAUCGUAUAUUAAAAGAAAAAGGACAAACGUUGGUCACAAGGCUACUUCACGCAUCCGUGUUCUCCUUAUCGUCUUACAUGUUAUCUGACGUGGCGGAUGUUUUCGUCGAACUUUCUUUAACCGACAGAGAACUUUUAUCCAAGUGGUUGGAAGAAGCUAUUAAGACUAUGCCGGCUAAGAACGCAGGUGGAACGCUGACGGCGCAGCCCGAACAACUGUUCGAGUUCCACAGCACAGUGACAAGAGGGGAGACGGCGAAGUCCGUGAACCAGGCGUUACGCAAUUUCGCGCGGCUGUAUCGUUGAUGCAUUUCGACGGAAAAAUUAUCGGGGAUCACUAACGUCAAAAUUACGAGCAGCAAAGAUCUUCCAAAGUCCUUCAUACGAUCGAUACAUUCGAAGGUGUCAAAGGUACAAGAUUAUUUCUGGAAUGGUGAGUUUACGAUGUAUAAAUGUACUGACAGAGGUUUUAAAUAUUUUCUACUUGUUUACUAUCUACACAUUCCUUCGCCAAAGUAUGUAAAAAAACGAUGAUGGACACAAUUUUCUUUUUGUGCAUGAGCACGCUGUAUCUAAGUAACUUGUUUUGAAAGUCGAACAGAUAAACGUACCGAACAUGGAAGUCUAAACACCGCUCACCUUUCAGUUAUUUAUGUUGUUCUUUAGUGUAGUUUUUAUUGCAUUUGUCUCGAGAUCUUUAAACAUACGUUAGCUGAGAGGAGGAUUACCUAUUUCAUAGGUAUGUAUCUAGUCAAUCUGAAGUAAUACUAUGCAUACUUUGUAGAUAGAGUGACAGGUAGUAAACAUUUAAAAAUCAAAGCGAUUAUAUAUUUUCCUGUUUCCCAUAUCUGACUUACACUGUUAUCAUUAAAAUCGUUUGAGAACAAAACUGGAUGCGCGCACCGUCGCGCGUUGGAAUGUAUCAAGUUUUACAAUAUCACAUUACAUCUUUUUAACGUUUUAACAGACCCAUUGUAUCAGUUACGAAUUCUUUUUAGUCUUUUAAAUUACUAAUAUGGAGAUUAGAAACAAUAAAUCAAGUGUACAAUUAUUUAAGCGUAGACAAGCGCGGUGCAUACGAUACAAAAUUAAUGUGCGUAUCAUCGUCUUACAUAGAAAACUUAUUUAAGUUGCUACAUUUUUCACAUGUUAUAACAAUGCAUUAAUUUACUUCCACACAUACACACUUGAAUCAUGUUUAUGCGAUAUGUUAUGUGAUACAAUUGGGAACGUGUUACCCGUUCUGAUUCAAUGAAUAUACAUUUGAAAGUAACGUGUUCAAUAAUUCUAAAUAAUUAACUCGAAAAUUUAUGUCUCGAAUCAACAUAUAAUGGUACAAGAACGCACCGAUACGAGAACGCGAAGCAUCAAGUUAUAUACAUACACUACAAUUGCCCAUUUUACACGACGGUUAAGCUGUACAAAUAACUAACAUAAGGUAAUCAUCUUCCUAUAAAUUGUUAAUGUACAGAUUAAAUAUUAAUGAAGAUAAGCACUGAUAUCGAUAAGGAAACCGAUUUUAAUGUAAGAUUGAAAGUGAUUAAACUUUAAGAAUAUUUUAA